AAUUAAUCUACAUCAUUCACUAAUACUUUCAAAAAUGAAAACAAUCAUCUUAUUCUCACUUGCACUCUUCUUCACCGCAAAUGCGGCUCAUGUUCCUGCUCCGGUGCUAGAUUUUGAUGGACAAUACCUCCACACAGGGGCCAAAUACUACGUUAUGCCAGCGGCUCUAGACGGUGAAAAUGGCGGACUCCUUUCCGUUAAAUUUAACAGGAAGCCUUGUCCAGCUGGCGUUGAACAAUCUCGAAGCGACGAGACUGGCCUCCCGGUGACUUUCACUUCGGUCAACCCCAAGAAAGGCGUGAUCCGUCUUUCCACAGAUGUUAACAUAAAGUUUUUAGCUUCCACUGGUUGUGACGACGAGUCAACCGUAUGGAAGGUGAAAUAUGAUAAAGCCUUGAAGCAAUAUGCUGUGAUGGUGGGAGGUGUUGAGGGAAACCCGGGACCCGAAACAUUGGAAAACUGGUUUAAGAUUGAGAAAACUAAAGACGGUUAUAAGUUAGUUUUCUGCCCGAGUGUGUGCAGCUACUGUAAGGUUAUGUGCAAGGAUAUUGGAAUAGUUGACGACGAAGAUGGUUCGCAACGUUUGGUACUCAACAAUGAUCCUGCGUCUUUCGUCUUCUGGAAAACUAACUAGUUCCAUUCCACCAGUCCAUUAUUCCAUGGAUGCUCGAAUAAAUAACAUAUGUAACCAGCAAUCUUAAUUGUUGUUUUAUCUAUGUUUGAAUAAAUUAAGUUGU